AUGGACCAGCUCUUGUGGGAAGAAGAGGAGGCAUCAUCAUCAUCGUUAUCAUUAGGGUUGAAAGAGAGGGUAACGUGCGCCAUGGGGCACCUGCAAGAGGUGAUGGGAGGAGAGAAGGAGUUGCUGAUUCAGCUGUGGGUGCCGGUUGAGAGAGGGAGGACAAGAGUGCUGAGCACGGAGGAGCAGCCUUACUCCCUAAACCCCAUCGCACAGAGCCAGAGCCUGGCCCUCUACAGAGAUGCCUCAGCAGGCUACAGCUUUGCAGCAGAGGGUGGGUCGGACCAGCUGGUGGGUCUCCCUGGACGUGUGUUCCUGAGGAGGAUGGCUGAGUGGACCCCGGACGUUCGCUUCUUCAGGAGUGAGGAGUACCCUCGCAUCGGAUACGCCCGCAGGUACAAGGUUCGAGCCUCCCUCGCCCUCCCACUCUUCCAUGGACAUUGUGGAAACUGCGUGGCCGUGAUGGAGAUGGUCACCACUCAUCACACCUUGGAUUAUGGCUCCCAACUUCACACCAUCUCCCAUGCCCUUCAGGCCUUUGAUCUCCGGAGUUCAGAAACCUCCAUCGUCCCACCCUCUCUCAAGCCCCACACCGACGACCUUCACAGAGAGGUGGCCUCGAUUCUCCAAGGCGUCUCCAGCUCAUACGGACUCCCUCUGGCUAUUACGUGGGGCCACCAAGACUCGUGCCUUUCUGCUCUUGUCUCCGCCUGUUACGCCGCGGACCAGGACAGCCUCUGCUUCCUGGCCACCUGCUCAGAUCACCAUCUACUCCCCGGUGAAGGAAUCGCUGGAACAGCUUUCGCUACCAAGAAACAGUGCUUCGCAACCGAUGUGGCCAUCCUCAGCAAGUGGAGCUACCCUCUCUCCCACUACGCCAGGAUGUUCGACCUCCACGCUGCUCUUGCCAUCCCUCUCCUGAACAGACGCAACCGCACCGUCCAAUUUGUUCUCGAGUUCUUCUUCCCCAGAGACUGUCUUGACACCCACACUCAGAGGCUGACCCUCACCUCCCAACUCAGCUUAGGCUUCCAGAGCUCACCACAUCUGAUGGUAGACGACCAACUCGCCAGGGACACACCCACAGAUCACUCUAGCGGAUCAGCAGAGCAACUUGUUGCACAAGUGUCCCCCGAGGCUAAGGAUCACAAGGGCAAACAAGUGUCGGUUUCUUGGGAGUACCAGAGACAAGAGUUGAAGCUUGCUUCCUUUUCUUCUCCUUCUUCUUCUUUUUCUUUGGAGAACAGAAAACGCAAAACAAAGGCUGAAAAGGAUAUCACUUUGGAGACUCUCAGACAACACUUUGCUGGCAGCCUCAAGGACGCCGCCAAAAACAUUGGUGGUGCGUCUUCUAUUAUAUGCUCCUUUGGAUACAUAUACGACGAUUAUGAUGGUAUUAAUUAUUUGGUUGCAGUAUGUCCGACGACCUUGAAGAGGAUCUGCAGACAUCACGGAAUCUCACGGUGGCCAUCGAGGAAGAUCAAGAAAGUGGGACAUUCUCUUCGGAAACUGCAGGUGGUGAUGGACUCUGUUGAAGGAGUUCAAGGCUCCCUCCAUCUUGCCUCCUUCUACUCAAGCUUCCCUCAACUUCAAUCUUCUUCUUCUUCUUCUUUUCCUUUGCUUAAUCCAAACCAAACGGUCCAUGUGCCCCCAAAGUCACCGCCUUCUUCGUCUGGCAGCCAGAGCUCGUCAGGUUCAAGCACCUGUUGCUCCUCCGAAGAGCAACAACUUCAACUUGGUGGCUUCCACAAACCAGCUCUUAGCCAUCCACAGCUUCUUACUCUAAGCUGCAUGCAGGAGGAGCAGAGGCCAGUUCGUGUGACCUCAUCCCUACCCCCAUUGCCGUCCGCAGCAGCUCCAAGGAAAGACAAGGAUGGGAUGAAAGUAAAGGCUAUGUUUGGAGAUUCAAAGACGAGGAUGAGCCUACAGCCCCAUUGGCGGCUCACAGACCUCAGACGAGAGAUCGCAAAGCGGUUUGGCAUUGAUGAUGUUUUGACAAGUAACUUCAGUCUCAAGUAUCUGGACGAUGAUCAAGAAUGGGUUCUCUUGACGUGCGAUGCUGAUCUUGAAGAGUGCAUGCAAGUCUACAAGUCCUCUCUUAAAGAGACUAUCAGAAUAUUGGUUCAUCAUCCUCUCUCUUCCUUCCUUUGA